AUGGCCAUCUGCAGCCCACAUGUCAGAGAGCAGCGGCCAACAUGGUGGCAGACAAUUGGUGAGGGAGAAGGGCUGGAGCCGGAGCCGAGGUCUAGACGUACUGGAAUCAAUUUGCAAAGGCUGGAAGAACAAAACAGUCAUAAACACAUUUUGGGUGCAUGUGCAGGCACGCUCUUAAUGUAG